AUGGCAAUGAACGGAGAGGCCGACCGAGAGAACGGAGGAGAGGUAAGAUAGGCGUCGAUGCAAGAAGCUGCGAGUCUGCAGUCUGCAGUCUGCAACAGAGGCCAGCCCUAACCUAUGAAAAGUGUUUGUUUUUUCAUAGAAAAACGUCCAUAAUCUAUGCCGCAGCCUACUGCAUCUUGGUUACAUUGUAACCUAACCAUUAUAGCCGAUCAUAUAUGCUAAAAUGUAACCAUUUCUCGCUAUGCAGGAAGUUUAUCGGUAGUUCAUUUAUUUACAUCUCACAUUCUGUGCUGUAACUUUUCUUUGUGGGGCUUCAACAGGACUAAUCUAAAUUAAGCACCAGUCUUGUCUGAAAGAUUGCAAACCCAAUGCAAUAGAUUUACUCGUAGCCUAUAAUGGUUUUUGCUUGUAGUUUUACGGGUAGUGACUACGCGCUAUGCUCGUGAAAAGUAAAAUCCGCAGAAAUACAAUGACUGACACGUGCCUGUUGUCAUGGGGAUUAUGCUCCUGAACAGUGGAUAUUUUAUGAGAUUGGGAGCAUAGCCAGUGGGCCUGUUGGUGGCCUCAGCAGCCUAUUUCAAAGACCAUUGUCACGCGAACCUUGGAACUAGAUCAGGGUUUCUAUUACAGCUAAUGAAGUCAUUCAUUCUAGUCCAAAACCCACCUGUUGAGGAUUAGGUGUGAGAUCAUAGCCAUGCUCCGGAUUUAUGCUACCUACACCAGGGGAAUCCCUUAUUUACAUUGACAUUUUAGUCAUUUAGCAGACGCUCUGAUUUACAGGAGCAAUUAGGGUUAAGUGCCUUGCUUAAACCUAGUCGGCUCAGGGAUUAGAACCAGCGACCUUUCGGUUACUGGCACAACGCUCUUACCCACUAAGCUACCUGCAGCAUGAUGUUGCUACAUGCAACUUGAACAACGCAUGAUUUUAUGUAGCCUGUUGACUAUCCUUCAAAUAUUAUGUUGAUGUGUUUGAAAACCCAAAUCAUGAAAAGUAUCAGAGAACUUGAUCUACCAAGGAAUUGAUCCAACAAUGUUGGGUAGCAAGAAGAUGGCAAGAAUGUUGUUGUCAAUUGUUUAUAAUCAACCAAAUUAUGUUGCAUUAUAACACAGUUAUAACCAAAUCACAGUUAAAGGUACUUAUUUAUGACAUUAGUCAGCUUAAUAGAUAAUUAUAUCACUAUACUGGAGAGGUCUGAACAGGAUAUGAAAGAAGAUACUGAAGAUACACACACACUAAAAAUACAUUACACAAUGAGAAAGUGGGGGGAAGUGGUGAUUUCCCACUGAUGUGUCAAAGUCAGAGCAGGUUAUCCAGGGGCCUUGUUUGUGAAUAGGUGACAUAUACUAAGGGGGAAGCCACAUAAUUGUAAAGUUACUAACCCAGAGUAAACACCUGUUACACCACGACAAGAGGUCAUAACCAUGUCAAAGGCCAAAGGAAAGCAUGUAGAAUUCCCCACAAGUCCCCAUUGAUGUAGGUAGAGUGUUAAGUGCUAUGUGGUUGUUAAUAUUUGGUGUAAUAUGGCAAAGAAAACAAACAUUCCUAUGGGCAAAGGUAAACACCCUUCCCACCAAGCAAGAGUUUACAAAAAACUACAACAAAGUUUAGGCCUACUCAGUGUCUGUGUCCAAAAUGGCACCCUGGCCUAUUCUCUAGCUACCAGAGACCUGGUCAAAAGUAGUGCACUAUAUAGGAAGUAGGGUGCCAUUUCGGACCCAUUCAGUGUUUACAUAAUUAUGCAGGACGCUUUCAAAUCAUCACUCAGUAUUGAUUUGUCUUGUUGGGGGUCUUCCGAAAACGAAAUGUUUACUUAGCCUUAGAUACCAUUCAUCCCCAUCUCUCACAGUCACACAAUGCUUAAUGGUACAAUUAUCUGUUUGGCUGGCAGAGAUAUUAGAUAGAUGAGAGUUGGGCUCAAGCCUGGGAAUUAAUGAAGAAGGUAGAAAAGCAUAUCCAACUAUCAGGUGCUAUAAUUUAAAAAAAUCAAUGAAUGAAAUAGAAUGAAAUAGAAUGUCCGCAACUCUGUCAUUCUCCUCAGUGGUGUUUUCAAGGUUGUCUGUUGUGCGUCUUGUAGAAAACACUGCAAUUCUUUAAAAAAGGAAUACCCUCUUCGGAGAACAUAUUUUGAAAGUCCAACAUCCCAAGUGAAUCACAUAGCAUUGAGCAACAUAAAGGAGGUGUCCAGUCUGAGCCCGCUCUGCUCUGUGAGCAAAGGGACAUAAUGGCCUGGGAUUCUGGAAAUUAUUGACAUUUAGGUAAUGAUGACUCAGAAAAGUCCUGAUCAAACUCAAUGGAAAACAACUGUGCGAACAUCGAGCUCUGUUAGAGUUUGUUGUUUUUACCCAUCAGUGUUGAUCUUAAACCUGCAGCUUAUACUGAUUGUUGAGUCUAGUUGUUCAGAUAGAAGCAACAUGAAGAGCCCACAUGUGAACCUCACAGUCAAACAACAACAGUUGUUCAGUUGAUGUACUACCAGUGUAUGAACCAGGAGGGCAGAGGGUGGGUAGGAAAAAAGAGAGCUGAGAGGGACUCCCAUCUCUACAUGAGCAACAACAUUGUUUGGUCAGCAGUGUUUGUCCCACAAUGAUCUGUUUGUUACUCAACAAUCAUGCUUAAGAAAGGUGUCUGGAAUCACCAGAAUACGUAAUACAGUACAUGUACUGUAUCUCAUCCUGUUAUAACACUCUGGACAUCAGCAGCAGAGGCAAGUCCCUCCUUGGCCAGAGAGAGGAAGAGGGACAGAUAACCAGACACUGAGGACAAGGCCAUCAGAAAGUUCCUUCAUUAAGUAUUUCUAGAACAUUGUUAAGUUAUGAAUACAGCAGUAUAGGAAUCUAGCCCAUUUGAAGGACAAAGACAUGGACAACAAGAUCGAGUGAGAAAAAUGGCACACAAAAAACUGGACCAGAGAAAGGGAGUGAGAGUCAGAGAAUGGAAUGAAUGAAAGACAAAGAAAGAUCAGUGCAGGAAUUUGAGGGUUAUAAGUCAGUGAAGGAAAGCAGGCUGCUUCUAAGAGAUAACUGUCCAAACAUUGCUAGCCUCGGUCACAAAGACAACUUUUUCCUCUGUGGGCUGUGAGUGUUUUUAGAGGUGGUGAGAGGCAUGUGGAUAUGGGUUACUCUGUUUUACACUGCCAACCUGGGCACAAGGCUCUCUUUGUUGGUUUUUGGACUGUUCCACCCAAAAUAAACACUCUGUCCUCAACCCACAAAGACACCUGGGUAAUGUUUGGUUUAGGAAUCCCACUUUUCCAAUGAUGUAACAAUUUAACAUCAUAUUUUCCGACCCGCUCUACUGCAGGGUGGUAAGGUAGAGAAGAGACCUUCCUCCACAGGGUGAACAGCUUUCUCUUGGUUUUCAGCUUCAGUAUCUACACCCUGGGUGACAAGAAACUGAAGAGAAGUCAUAGCACAUGAUCUCUUGACCUCCCUUCCUUUCUAUCAGUUCUCUGUGCACCGAGGGCAAGUCACCAUGUACCGACGGCAUGGUCACACUUCCUGCUAAAAUAGUCCCACAACACUUUCAUUUCCCACAAAUCCACAGUAGUGUCACUGUAGCAAUCCCCAGAAUGUCCCCAUACUUCCAUUACAACUUUUUCCUCCUAAUUACGCUGAAGGUCAAUAUGACAUAGUAAAAAGUUCAGUGAAGACAUUAACUCAUCAUAGUGUUCAUAUAAUGUAGUAUAGGACCAGCCUCUUAUAUAAUAAUAAUAAUAAUAUAAUUAACAGUGUGCUUCCCUCCAGGUUCACUUACAACUGUAUCCUGACAGUGAUGUACCUGGGUUAACAUUUACAUUACAUUUACGUCAUUUAGCAGACGCUCUUAUCCAGAGCGACUUACAAAUAGGUGCAUUCACCUUAUAGCCAGUGGGAUAACCACUUUACAAUGAUUUUAUUUAUUAUUUUUAUUUUUUUUGGGGGGGGGGGGGGGGGGGGGUUGGGGUAAGGGGGGGGUAGAAGGAUUACUUUAUCCUAUCCCAGGUAUUCCUUAAAGAGGUGGGGUUUCAAAUGUCUCCGGAAGGUGGUGAGUGACUCCGCUGUCCUGGCGUCGUCAGGGAGCUUGUUCCACCAUUGGGGUGCCAGAGCAGCGAACAGUUUUGACUGGGCUGAGCGGGAACUAUGCUUCCGCAGAGGUAGGGGAGCCAGCAGGCCAGAGGUGGAUGAACACAAUGCCCUCGUUUGGGUGUAGGGACUGAUCAGAGCCUGAAGGUACGGAGGUGCCGUUCCCCUCACAGCUCCGUAGGCAAUCACCAUGGUCUUGUAGCAGAUGUGAGCUUCAACUGGAAGCCAGUGGAGUGUGCGGAGGAGCGGGGUGACGUGAGAGAACUUGGGAAGGUUGAACACCAGACGGGCUGCGGCAUUCUGGAUGAGUUGUAGGGGUUUAAUGGCACAGGCAGGGAGCCCAGCCAACAGCGAGUUGCAGUAAUCCAGACGGGAGAUGACAAGUGCCUGGAUUAGGACCUGUGCCGCUUCCUGUGUAAGGCAGGGUCGUACUCUUCGAAUGUUGUAGAGCAUGAACCUACAUAAUCGGGUCACCGCCUUGAUGUUAGCGGAGAACGACAGGGUGUUGUCCAGGGUCACGCCAAGGCUCUUCGCACUCUGGGAGGAGGACACAACGGAGUUGUCAACCGUGAUGGCGAGAUCAUGGAACAGGCAGUCCUUCCCCGGGAGGAAGAGCAGCUCCGUCUUGCCAAGGUUCAGCUUGAGGUGGUGAUCCGUCAUCCAUACUGAUAUGUCUGCCAGACAUGCAGAGAUGUGAUUCGCCACCUGGUUAUCAGAAGAUUAGAAGAAGAUUAGUUGUGUGUUGUCAGCGUAGCAAUGAUAGGAGAGGCCAUGUGAGGAUAUGACAGAGCCAAGUGACUUGGUGUAUAGCGGGAAUAGGAGAGGGCCUAGAACUGAGCCCUGGGGGACACCAGUGGUGAGAGCACGUGGUGCGGAGACAGCUUCUCGCCACGCCACUUGGUAGGAGCGACCGGUCAGGUAGGACGCAAUCCAAGAGUGAGCCGCGCCGGAGAUGCCCAGCUCGGAGAGGGUGGAGAGGAGGAUAUGAUGGUUCACAGUAUCAAAGGCAGCAGACAGGUCUAGAAGGACAAGAGCAGAGGAGAGAGAGUUAGCUUUAGCAGUGCGGAGAGCCUCCGUGACACAGAGAAGAGCAGUCUCAGUUGAAUGACCAGUCUUGAAACCUGACUGGUUUGGAUCAAGAAGGUAAUUCUGAGACAGAUAGCAAGAGAGUUGGCUAAAGACGGCACGCUCAAUAGUUUUGGAGAGAAAAGAAAGAAGGGAUACUGGUCUGUAGUUGUUGACAUCAGAGGGAUCGAGUGUUGGUUUUUUGAGAAGGGGUGCAACUCUCGCUCUCUUGAAGACGGAAGGGACAUAGCCAGCGGUCAAGGAUGAGUUGAUCAGCGAGGUGAGGUAAGGGAGAAGGUCACUGGAGAUGGUCUGGAGAAGAGAGGAGGGGAUAGGGUCAAGCGGGCAGGUUGUUGGGCGGCCUGCCGUCACAAGUCGCAAUAUUUUAUCUGGAGAGAGAGGGGAGAAAGAAGUCAAAGCAUAGGGUAGGGCAGUGUGAGCAGGACCAGCGGUGUUGUUUGACUUAACAAACGAGGAUCGGAUGUCGUCAACCUUCUUUUCAAAAUGGUUGACGAAGUCAUCCACAGAGAGGGAGGAGGGGGAGGGGGGGGGGGGGGGGGGGGGGGGGAUUCAGCAGGGAGGAGAAUGUGGCAAAGAGCUUCCUAGGGUUAGAGGCAGAUGCUUGGAAUUUAGAGUGGUAGAAAGUGGCCUUAGCAGCAGAAACAGAUGAAGAAAAUGUAGAGAGGAGGGAGUGAAAAGAUGCCAGGUCCGCAGGGAGUCUAGUUUUCUUCCAUUUCCGCUCAGCUGCCCGGAGCUCUGUUCUGUGAGCUCGCAAUGAGUCAUCAAGCCACGGAGCUGGAGUGGAGGACCGAGCCGGCCGGGAGGAUAGGGGACAUAGAGAGUCAAAGGAUGCAGAAAGGGAGGAGAGGAGGGUUGAGGAGGCAGAAUCAGGAGAUUGGAGGGAGAAGGAUUGAGCAGAGGGAAGAGAUGAUAGGAUGAAAGAGGAGAGAGUAGCGGGAGAGAGAGAGCGAAGGUUGCGACGGUGCAUUACCAUCUGUGUAGGGGCAGAGUGAGUAGUGUUGGAGGAGAGGGAGAGAGAAAAGGAUACAAAGUAGUGGUCGGAGACUUGGAGGGGAGUUGCAGUGAGAUUAGUAGAACAACAGCAUCUAGUAAAGAUGAGGUCAAGCGUAUUGCCUGCCUUGUGAGUAGGGGGGGACGGUGAGAGGGUGAGGUCAAAAGAGGAGAGGAGUGGAAAGAAGGAGGCAGAGAGAAAUGAGUAAAAUGUAGAUGUAGGGAGGGUGAAAUCCCCCAGAACUGUGAGGGGUGAGCCAUCCUCAGGAAAGGAACUUAUCAAGGCGUCAAGCUCAUUGAUGAACUCUCCAAGGGAACCUGGAGGGCGAUAGAUGACAAGGAUAAUAAGCUUAAAUGGGCUAGUGACUGUGACAGCAUGGAAUUCAAAUGAGGAGAUAGACAGAUGGGUCAGGGGAAAAAUUGAGAAUGUCCACUUGGGAGAGAUGAGGAUUCCUGUGCCACCACCCCGCUGACCAGAUGCUCUCGGGGUAUGCGAGAACACAUGGUCAGACGAGGAGAGAGCAGCAGGAGUAGCAGUGUUUUCAGUGGUAAUCCAUGUUUCCGUCAGCGCCAAGAAGUCGAGGGACUGGAGGGUAGCAUAGGCCGAGAUCAACUCUGCCUUGUUGGCAGCAGAACGGCAGUUCCAGAGGCUGCCUGAGACCUGGAACCCCACGUGGGAGGUGCGUGCAGGGACCACCAGGUUAGAGAGGCAGCAGCCACGUGGUGUGAGGCGUUUGUGUAGCCUGUGCGGAGAGGAGAGAACAGGGAUAGGCAGAGGCAUAGUUGACAGGCUGCAGCAGAUGGCUACAAUAAUGCAGAGGAGAUCGGAAUGAAAUGAACUAAACAUCUGGGAAAGGAGAGAGCGGGGCCUCCCUCACCACAACUCCCAAAUAUAACUCUCCCAACUUCCACCUCAGAAACUAUAAUUGUUGUAAACUACAGCGGUUCAAUGUUCUCUAGGAAUAGACUAACUUAGUUUAUUCAGCUAGCUAACUAGGUGCAGUAUUAUUCCGUGAAAAUCGUCCGGGCACCUCGUCAUAAGACGCCACAGCCAGCUAGCAUGCCGGACUCCAACAACACGGUUUAGCGCCAAUACUCGGCCACAACAAACCACCAGUGUAUCAACACGCAAGCAGAUCGUUCGUGUCCGUGUCUAACGUUGUGGGUUAGUCCCGACAGCUUGAGCGAGUCCGUCGUCAACUUAUUCAGCCAGUUAGUUAGCUAGAAUAGUUAGCAAACUAGCUAGCCAUUGCUUUCAGACAAAGAAGAACCCCUCCUUUCACGGCACGAACACACAGCGAGAGCCAAACUAACGUUAACUAGUCACCCAUGUCCUGAAUUCCUUGAACGACUCGGGCUAUCAAUAUGUAGAAGAAAAAAAAACACAAAUGUAGGUUAUGACUUACCCCUAGCAGCUACUGUUAGCUAGCCAAGUGCAAAGCUAGCCACUGAAUUGACUCAGCCAGUUCGCGUCUGUUCGCUCGGUCGUUCCAGCUAUUGUUUAAGUCCAUAGACAUAUGGAUGGAUAUACAUUACAGUGGGGGGGGAAAAGUAUUUAGUCAGCCACCAAUUGUGCAAGUUCUCCCACUUAAAAAGAUGAGAGAGGCCUGUAAUUUUCAUCAUAGGUACACGUCAACUAUGACAGACAAAUUGAGAAAAUGUUUUCCAGAAAAUCACAUUGUAGGAUUUUUUAUGAAUUUAUUUGCAAUUUAUGGUGGAAAAUAAGUAUUUGGUCACCUACAAACAAGCAAGAUUUCUGGCUCUCACAGACCUGUAACUUCUUCUUUAAGAGGCUCCUCUGUCCUCCACUCGUUACCUGUAUUAAUGGCACCUGUUUGAACUUGUUAUCAGUAUAAAAGACACCUGUCCACAACCUCAAACAGUUACACUCCAACCUCCACUAUGGCCAAGACCAAAGAGCUGUCAAAGGACACCAGAAACAAAAUUGUAGACCUGCACCAGGCUGGGAAGACUGAAUCUGCAAUAGGUAAGCAGCUUGGUUUGAAGAAAUCAACUGUGGGAGCAAUUAUUAGGAAAUGGAAGACAUACAAGACCACUGAUAAUCUCCCUCGAUCUGGGGCUCCACGCAAGAUCUCACCCCAUGGGGUCAAAAUGAUCACAAGAACGGUGAGCAAAAAUCCCAGAACCACACGGGGGGACCUAGUGAAUGACCUGCAGAGAGCUGGGACCAAAGUAACAAAGCCUACCAUCAGUAACACACUACGCCGCCAGGGACUCAAAUCCUGCAGUGCCAGAUGUGUCCCCCUGCUUAAGCCAGUACAUGUCCAGGCCCGUCUGAAGUUUGCUAGAGUGCAUUUGGAUGAUCCAGAAGAGGAUUGGGAGAAUGUCAUAUGGUCAGAUGAAACCAAAAUAGAACUUUUUGGUAAAAACUCAACUCGUCGUGUUUGGAGGACAAAGAAUGCUGAGUUGCAUCCAAAGAACACCAUACCUACUGUGAAGCAUGGGGAUGGAAACAUCAUGCUUUGGGGCUGUUUUUCUGCAAAGGGACCAGGACGACUGAUCCCUGUAAAGGAAAGAAUGAAUGGGGCCAUGUAUCGUGAGAUUUUGAGUGAAAACCUCCUUCCAUCAGCAAGGGCAUUGAAGAUGAAACGUGGCUGGGUCUUUCAGCAUGACAAUGAUCCCAAACACACCGCCCGGGCAACGAAGGAGUGGCUUCGUAAGAAGCAUUUCAAGGUCCUGGAGUGGCCUAGCCAGUCUCCAGAUCUCAACCCCAUAGAAAAUCUUUGGAGGGAGUUGAAAGUCCGUGUUGCCCAGCGACAGCCCCAAAACAUCACUACUCUAGAGGAGAUCUGCAUGGAGGAAUGGGCCAAAAUACCAGCAACAGUGUGUGAAAACCUUGUGAAGACUUACAGAAAACGUUUGACCUGUGUCAUUGCCAACAAAGGGUAUAUAACAAAGUAUUGAGAAACUUUUGUUAUUGACCAAAUACUUAUUUUCCACCAUCAUUUGCAAAUAAAUUCAUAAAAAAUCCUACAAUGUGAUUUUCUGGAUUUUUUUUCUCAUUUUGUCUGUCAUAGUUGACGUGUACCUAUGAUGAAAAUUACAGGCCUCUCUCAUCUUUUUAAGUGGGAGAACUUGCACAAUUGGUGGCUGACUAAAUACUUUUUUCCCCCACUGUAUAUGUUUAUACUGAACAUCAUUGCUGUCUUUGUCUAGUCUAUGUUGUACUAAUGUUAGUCUCUCUGUAUUCAUGUUAGGUUCCACACCCUAGUCGCUGGAGACAGAGGGAGACGGGGGGUGCUCUGAACAUGAACCACUACGCCAAUAAGAAGAGUGCAGCAGAAAGCAUGCUGGAUGUGGCAUUACUCAUGGCCAAUGCGUCCCAGCUGAAGGCUGUCCUGGAGCAGGGCCCAGGGUUCACCUUCUACACCCCUCUCAUCACCCUCAUCUCCAUCUCCCUUAUCCUGCAGGUCACUGUGGGCAUCCUGCUCAUCUUCAUCGGUGGGUCUCAGUUCUAUUCUCAUCAACUUUAUUAAUCCCCCCCAGUGGUAAGUUAAGAAAGUCAUAGACACUCUGUCUGACUCUGGCGCUAACCAGCAACUGGUUGCUUCCCAAUAAUAUCUCCUUUCUCCUGAAGAGUGAAGUCAUUCAAUACUUCCCACAAAUCUAAAAGCAUUGGAUUGGUGGAGGCAUGGGAUAGGAGUUUCCACCAUAUUUCUUAUCCCAAUCAUUCCAUUUUUUAUUUCAAAUCAGUGAAGGGAAGUGAACACUUUGGGAUGAAGGAGAGAUAAUUGGGACAUAGCCACAAAUUGAUGAGGCAUGGGCCAGGAGCGUAGAAAUAUAAUGAAUAGAACAGGCUUGGAACCUCUUACCCUGACAAUUUUACUGGUAAACUCCUGGGUACACUCACAAUGGCUGCCUGGUAUUGUGAUGCAAUAAUUUCCAUGGUAAUCUAGAAUGUUAAUUCAAAUUAAGGAAUACCUGGAAUAGUAUAAAGUUAUCCUUCUUCCCCCACCCCCCAUAAAAAAUAAUAAAAUCAAGUGGUUGUCCCACUGUCUAUCAUAAGUUGAAUGCACCAAUUUGUAAUUCGCUCUGGAUAAGAGGGUCUGCUAAAUGAUGUAAAUGUAAAUUAUGCUAACUGAUGUGGCUCAUGCAAUGGAAUUUAUUUUUUUGUAAUGUCAGUUGAGUUGAUUCAACAAAUCAAUGCACUAAUUGAUGGGUACCUGCUUUGCUCCUACUGGUACACUCAAAAUGGCUGCCAGUCCACCCAUUAUGCCAUCAUUGACUUGAAUGGGGAGGCCCGUUCUAUUCAUUUUAUUUCUGUGGCCAGGAGUUUAUCCUGACUAUGUGACCUGACCCCCCAUAUGACAUGGUCAGGGAAAACUCCUAACAUUAUUGAUGAGACAUGAACACUUGAUUUAUGGUACUAUUGUUUCUCCUCAGCUCCAGGAAUAGACAAACUCCCUGACCCUACUUUAUGAUUGAAUACCAACAAACAUUAUGAGCUCUAUUUUAACAAACUUAACGCAAUGGUAGAUCUAAGAGCUGGCGGUAGCGCUGUAUGUCGGGCGGUGUGUCAGAAAUAUAUAUUUAAUUUUUUUGUCAGAAAUAUUUUAGCUAUUUUCACAGCCGAAAUUAUGAGCGCAAUAGCUGGCGGUGGCGCGAAAGGGCAAAUUUUUGAUGAAUAAGGAAGUUAUAGGUGUGACGAGGGCUUUGCCAUUGCUGUUGAAAACAGCCGUAGUAGCUUAGGGUAAGGGUAGCCUAUGGAGGUUAAUCGGACAUGAGGCGGUCUUUGAAAAUGGGGAAGGAUAGCCUACUUGAACAAGCGAAAUGAAGUAUGCAGGUAUGUGAAUUGUGAAUAAUGAAAAACCUCCAAAAUAUUUCAAAGCAUUCUCAGUAGACCAUUUAAAAGCCCUCUUCAUAGGCUACUUGGCUAAUGGCAAGGAUAAAAAGACGCAUCUAUGCGAUGCUGCUAAACGAGCCUGGAUUAAGGGGAGGGUAGGCUAUGCUUGGUUUUUAAUCAAAUUAAAUGAAAUAGGGGAAACAAAUACUUUUUUAAUGUUUCUAAAUAUGAGAUUCACCAGCACAAAAGGCACAUCUCUCUUCCAUGGGCACUGUGCGUCAUGGCUGGAUAGGCUGCGCUUCCACUCUCAAAAUCCAUGCCAUUAUCAACUGCGUUACCAUUAAGACCUGCUUUUUGUGGGUCUUAAACUUCCCAUUAGCACUGCAUGAAAUUGUAACUUUUGCCCCUUGUUUUUAAGGACACAACUCAAAUAUUGCCACCCCUCCUACUUCAGCGCAAACGGGCUGAUGUUAGACAGGUAAAUUGCCAAACCUGCCGUUAGGGCUGGAAAAUGCCAGUGUGUGAGUUUUUACAUGACGAAAUUGCAAACUAACAUGCUUUUGACACUUGUGCCUCAACACCAGCCGAAAAUAGAGCCCUAUGUGUGUCUGUAGGCCAGAGAAUGGCUCUCUCAGCUAAAACAAUAUUAUCUAUGUACUGAGAGAAGCCUUGUCCAUCACACCCCUGGCCAUAAUAUCCUUAUGUUCCCCUGCCAGGAGCUCCCAUUGUGUGGGUGGGAGAGUUCAAAAAUGAGACCAUUGUAUUUCUCCUCUGAGCUGGUUCAAAUUAGGAAUACUCAGCUUAAUGUCCUGAGGGGGAAUUGCUAACGUUACAGGAGUUGUGUCUCUGAACUGAGACAGCAUUUGAAAAAUGCUAAACUAAACUGGGCCCCAACUAACUCUCACCACAACCUCCACAACAUAUUAGCCUUCAUCUCCAGUGAGGCAUACAGUGCAUUCAGAAAGUAUUCAGACCCCUUGACUUUUUCCACAUUUUGUUACGUUACAGCCUUAUUCUAAAAUUGAUUAAAUUGUUUUAUCCCCUCAUCAAUCUACACACAAUACCCAAUAAUGACAAAGCAAAAACAGGUUUUUGGAAAAUUUUACAAAGAGGUUUUUUUUUUUUUACUGAAAUAUGACAUUUACAUAAGUAUUCAGACCCUUUACUCAGUACUUUGUUGAAGCACCUUUGGCAGCGAUUACAGCCUUGAGUCUUAUUGGGUAUGAUGCCACAAGCUUGGCACACCUGUAUUUGGGGAGUUUCUCCCAUUCUUCUCCGCAGAUCUUCUCAAGCUCUGUCAGGAUGAAUGGGGAGCAUCUCUGCACAGCUAUUUUCAGGUCUCUCCAGAGAUGUUCGAACGGGUUCAAGUCCGGGCUCUGGCUGGGCCACUCAAGGACAUUCAGAGACUUGUCCCGAAGCCACUCCUGAGUUAUCUUGGCUGUGUGCUUAGGGUCGUUGUCCUGUUGGAAGGUGAACCGUCGCCCCAGUCUGAGGUCCUGAGCGCUCUGGAGCAGGUUUUCAUCAAGGAUCUCUCUGUACUUUGCUCUGUUCAUCUUUCCCUCGAUCCUGACUAGUCUCUCAGUCCCUGCCACUGAAAAACAUCCCCACAGAAUGAUGCUGCCACCACCAUGCUUCACCGUAGGGAUGGUGCCAGGUUUCCUCCAGACGUGAUGCUUAGCAUUCAGGCCAAAGAGUUCAACCUUGGUUUCAUCAGACCAGAGAAUCUUGUUUCUUAUGGUCCGCAAGUCCUUUAGGUGCCUUUUCGCAAACUCCAAGCAGGCUGUCAUGUGCCUUUUACUGAGGAGGGGCUUCAGUCUGGCCUGAUUGGUGGAGUGCUGCAGAGAUGGUUGUCCUUCUGGAAGGUUCUCCCAUCUCCACAGAGGAACUCUGGAGCAUAACCAAGGCCCUUCUCCCCUGAUUGCUCAGUUUGGCCGGGCGGCCAGCUCUAGGCAGAGUCUUGGUGGUUCCAAACUUCUUCCAUUUAAGAAUGAUGGAGGCCACUGUGUUCUUGGGGACCUUCAAUUCUGCAUAAUUGUUUUGGUACCCUUCCCCAUAUCUGUGCCUCGACACAAUCAUGUCUCGGAAUUCCUUUGACCUCAUGGCUUGGUUUUUGCUCUGACAUGCACAGUCAACUGUGGGACCUUAUAUAGACAGGUGUGUGCCUUUCCAAAUCAUGUCCACAGGUGGACUCCAAUCAAGUUGUAGAAACAUCUCAAGGAUGAUCAAUGGAAACAGGAUGCACCUGAGCUCAAUUUUGAGUCUCAUAGCAAAGGGUCUGAAUACUUAUGUAAAUUAGGUAGUUGUGUUUUUAAUUUUUAUAAAUUUGCAAACAUUUCGAAAAACCUGUUUUCGCUUUGUCAUUAUGGGGUAUUGUGUGUAGAUUAAUGAGGAUUUUUUUUUUGAAUGAAUUUUAGAAUAAGGCUGUAAAGUAACACAAUGUGGAAAAGGUCAAGGGGUCUGAAUACUUUCCGAAUGCACUGUAUAAUGAAUGUCCUAGAUAAUAAUUCACCUGAGGGUAGGAAAUGUCAAAGGCUGUAUCUUCAUAUCACAUGGUUCAAUAAUGAUUAAUUAAAUAUGACAACACUGAAUAAAUGAUGGUUCAAAAGCCAGGCCUCGGCCUGAUUAUUUAAAAGUUCAUCCUUCCUAGGUAGGGAGGAUUAGAGAUGACUGGACUAGUGAACACAAUGUGGUACAGCCCUUGUGUCCACUUGUCCAAUCUUGUCUACUCACUCAAUGAUUACGUAAAGGAAGGGAGAGGGGAAGGAUGUACUUUUAAGGAAUUCAAAUAGGGCCCCAGUCUUAGAAGCUACACUUAAAAACUGUGAAAUAGCUCUCUCUGUUGGUUGGACUGAAGACAUGCUUGGAGCCAGUAAAUUAAUCCUCAACAUAUUUUGGUGUGUCUCUAUUGUUCUGCAGUAAAGUGGAACCUGAACGAUGAGAGCAUGCACUUCAAGCUGAACAUUAUGGAGAAUGUCGCCACAGCACUCGUCUUCAUCAUUGUUGUAGUCAAUGUCUUCAUCACAGCAUUUGGCGUCCAGAAGCCCAAUCUAAACUCCUAACUGCCCUCACUCCUUACCCAUGGUCAUCAGCUAGUACACAGGUAAAGGUAUUAUACUAGUGUUAUAUGCACAAUACGCACACACCAUGCCAAUGUAUACUUUUCUUUGGUAGUGUUUGGUAAUCAUACAUGUAUGAGAGUUGUAUGUCAAAUUGUCAGGUUACAUGAGCUUUAUAAAUACACCACAUGACCAAAGGUUUGUGGACACCUGCUCGUCAAUCAUCUAUUCCAAAAUCAUGGGCAUUAAUAUGGAGUUGGUCCCCCCUUUGCUGCUAUAACAGCCUCCACUCUUCUGGGAAGGCAGUCCACUAGAUGUUGGAACAUUGCUGCGGGGACUUGCUUCCAUUCAGCCACAAGAGCAUUCGUGAGGUCGGGCACUGAUGUUGGGCAAUUUGGCCUGGCUUGCAGUUGGUGUUCCAAUUCAUCCCAAAGGUGUUCAAUGGGGUUGAGGUCAGGGCUCUGUGCAGGCCAGUUAAGUUCUUCCACACAGAUCUCAACAAACCAUUUCUGUAUGGACCUUGCUUUGUGCACUGGGGCAUUGUCAUGCUGAAACAGGAAAGGGGCUUCCUCAAACUGUUGCCACAAAGUUGGAAGCACAGAAUUGUCUAGAAUGUCAUUUUAUGCUGUAGCAUUAAGAUUUCCCCUCAUUGGAACUAAGAGGCCUAGCCCGAACCAUGAAAAACAGCCCCAGACCAUUAUUCCUCCUCCACCAAACUUUACUGUUGGCACUAUGCAUUGGGGCAGGUAGCGUUCUCCUGUUAUGCGCCAAACCCAGACUCGUCCGUCGGACUGCCAGAUGGGCAUUCAUCACUCCAGAGAACGCGUUUCCACUGCUCCAGAGUCCAAUGGCGGCGAGCUUUACACCACUCCAGCCGAUGCUUGGCAUUGCGCAUGGUGAUCUUAGGCUUGUGUGCGGCUGCUCGGCCAUGGAAACCCAUUUCAUGAAGCUCCUGACGAGCAGUUAUUGUGCUGACGUUGCUACCAGAGGCAGUUUGGAACUCGGUAGUGAGUGUUGCAACCGAGGACAGACGAUUUUUACCCUCUACGCGUAAGUGGCCUACCACUUCGAGGCUGAGCCGUAGUUGCUCCUAGACGUUUCCACUUCACAAUAACAACACUUACAGUUGACCGGGGCAGCUGUAGCAGGGCAGAAAUUUCACGAACUGACUUGUUGGAAAGGUGGCAUCGUACGAAGGUGCCACGUCACUGAGCUCUUCAGUAAGGCCAUUCUAUUGCCAAUGUUUGUCUAUGGAGAUUGCAUGACUGUGUGCUCGACAUUAUACACCUGUCAGCAACGGGUGUGGCUGAAAUAGCUGAAUGCACUAAUUUGAAGGGGUGUCCACAUACUUUUGUAUAUAUAGUGUAUAUGUAGAUAGGCCUACUGUUAGAAUACACAUACAGCGGCUUGCGAAAGUAUUCAACCCCCCUUGGCAUUUUUCCUAUUUUGUUGCCUUACAACCAGGAAUUAAAAAUGUUUUGGGGGGGGGUUUGUAUCAUUUGAUUUACACAACAUGCCUACCAUUUUGAAGAUGCAAAAUAUUUUUUAUUGUGAAACAAACAAGAAAUAAGCUUGUGCAUGCAUAACUAUUCACACCAUCUCUGCAGUAGGCAGAGAUGGUGAAACAAGGAACUUUACUGAUGGUCCCGAAGCCAGGAUACAAAAUAACGGACUUUACACUAAAAAGAAAGGCGGAGCAAAUAAGACUCCAAAAAACAGGCAGACAGCCACAAAUACGGAAUACUAACUAUGACUGAAAUAAUAAAUAAACAGGGAGAACACUUCUCACGUACCUGUCCAUACGUCCCGCGAUCAGACACUGAUUAGUACUGCUUGGCAUAGUGAAACUAGCAGAGAAAACUGAGCAAGGGAACACAGGGAAUUGAGGGCAUAAAUACACAGGUGAAUCAGAUAGACACAGGUGACACCAAUAGGAAGAUGAUUAGUCCCGACUGUGAGUGAGGAGGUGCCUAAGGUUGUCGGAGGAUGCUACCAGUGGGUCGCUCCGGAACUGCGACCCCCUCCUGUAACAGUCUCCCACAUGCCUUUUGGCGAACACCAAACGUGUUUGCUUAUUUUUUUCUUUAAGCAAUGGCUUUUUUCUGGCCACUCUUCCGUAAAGCCCAGCUCUGUGGAGUGUGUAUGGCUUAAAGUGGUCUUAUGGACAGAUACUCCAAUAUCCGCUGUGGAGCUUUGCAGCUCCUUCAGGGUUAUCUUUGGUCUCUUUGUUGCCUCUCUGAUGAAAGUCCUCCUUGCCUGGUCUGUGAGUUUUGGUGGGCGGCCCUCUCUUGGCAGGUUUGUUGUGGUGCCAUAUUCUUUCAAUUUUUUAAUAAUGGAUUUAAUGGUGCUCCAUGGGAUGUUCAAAGUUUCGGAUAUUUUUUUAUAACCCAACUCUGAUCUGUACUUCUCCACAACUUUUGCCCUGACCUGUUUGGAGAGCUCCUUGGUCUUCAUGGUGCCGCUUGCUUCGUGGUGCCCCUUGCUUAGUGGUGUUGCAGACUCUGGGGCCUUUCAGAACAGGUGUAUAUAUACUGAGAUCAUGUGACACUUAGAUUGCACACAGGUGGACUUUAUUAAACUAAUUAUGUGACUUCUGAAGGUAAUUGGUUACACCAGAUCUUAUUUAAGGGCUUCAUAGCAAAGUGGGUGAAUACUUAUGCACGCACCACUUUUCCGUUAUUUAUUUUGUAUAAUUUUUUGAAACAAGUCAUCUUUUUCAUUUCACUUCACCAAUUUGGGCUAUUUUGUGUAUGUCCAUUACAUUACAUCCAAAUAAAAAUCAAUUUAAAUUACAGGUUGUAAUGCAACAAAAUAGGAAAAACAUCAAGGGGGAUGAAUACUUUUGCAAGGCACUUUAGGUGAAUCUUAUAGUAACUGUUAUAUGGGAAUACCAUAGCUGCAAAGCUGUACUAACCCAAUUACCGCUACUUUACAGGCCAGAGACGUUCAGAGAUCCAGUCUUCCAUAGGCCUCAAGCCAUCAGGUUCUCUGUUACGUCAAAGACAAUGGAUAGAUCAACUGUAUAGGACUCACACUAGCCUUUCAUAUCCACGGCCAGUCAACAUUUCAGAGGCCAUUACAAACUCAGAGUUCACCAUCUUUGGCUUUGGCUUUCUAUGUUCAUUUCUCAGGAUCUCAUUCUCAGUUGCAUUAUCAAGCUUAGAGUUUGUCGACUCUGUCUUCCCC